AUGAAUGUGAUAUAUUAUAAAAUAUUUGAUAUUAUUAUUGGAAAGGAAUAUGGUGAAGAGAUAGAACAAGAUUACUUUAAAGCAUUUGAGUGGUAUUAUAAAUCAGCCAAAAAUGGUUCUGCUGAAGCACAAGAUUAUAAAAAAUCAUUUAAAUGUUAUUUAAAAAAUGCUGAAUCAGGAAGUGCAGAUAUUGCUAUGCAUAUGUAUGAUAAAGAAACUGAAAUAAAUAUUGAAAAAGCCAUCAUUUGGUAUAAAAAAGCUUCAGAUAACGGAAUGAAGUAUGCAAAAUAUUGA